AGAGGUGAAAAUGCCGCGCUGCCUCAUUCCGCUCAGCAUUGGCCAGCAGGCAGUGAAGCGCUGCCGUGUCGCCUGCCUCCAGCCUCCGCCCGUUUCUGUGGUGUGCUCCUGGUUAGCCUCCCUGAACACGUCCCUGAGGGCCUGCAGAAACGCUGAAGGGGUGCUCUGUUUCCCCGCAAAGGAGUAGGAGUCGAAGGAGGCAAGCAUGGCUCUUCAUUUCCGUUUCAUCAGCACAGCACCUCCGCCAGGCAGGCGGCCACGAUGGAGCAAGGGCAGCGAGAUCUCUGAGAGAGAAAGAGACGGGGGAAAGCGAAAAGGGAGAACGGCUCGCCGGAGCCUUCCUCCUGCUGCUCUCCGCUCCGGGCAGAGAGGCGCCGAGUCCCCGCGAAGCAAGAGGAGAAGCGCAGGGCCAUUUUUCCUCGCCGCUUUUUUUCUCUGAACGUGGCUCGGCUCUGGCUGCCGGGCAGGCACCUCCGCAGCGCCUCGCAGAAACCGCCGCCUGAGCAGUGAAAUCCAGCUUCCUGUUAAAGCACUAGCCAGCUUGCCAUCGGCAACCAAGAAUUCUAUGCAGCCCAACUGGAGCUGUGACACACAAGAGGCUACCACUGCUCUCCUUGUAUUGCCUCGGAAGAUCCUGCUCCCAAUCCCUUCACCUUCCUGUAGCCAAUGAACUCAAUGAACCCAAUGAAACCAUCGCUCCCACCCACCCCGCAUGGUGAUGGUUCAUAUGCCUACGAGUCAGUUCCUUGGCAACAGAGUACCAAUCAGCCCGCAGGAUCUCUCUCAGUGGUAACCACUGUGUGGGGAGUCAGCAACACAUCCCAGAGUCAGGUUUUUGGAAACCCCAUGGGCCCUGGGGGAAACACCUCUGGCAAUCCCAUGAUGCCCAGCGUGGCCAGCAGUGGCUCUGGAAUGAGUUCACCCCAGUUCAUGGGACAGCAACCUUUCCCUGAGGGCUCCACUGGGAAGGGCUACGUGCAGCCAGGGAUGUACAGUCGCAGCACUUACCCUGGUGGGCCAGGCUUCACCACAAGUUACACAGGCAGCCCAAAUGGCCCUGGGGGAAUGGGCAUUCCUUCGCACACUGGGAGACCCCCUGCAGACUUCACCCAAGCAGCUGCUGCUGCUGCUGUUGCGGCUGCCGCCGCCACGGCCACCGCCACGGCCACCGCCACGGUUGCCGCCCUGCAAGAGAAGCAGAGCCAAGAACUGAGCCAAUAUGGAACGAUGGGGGCCGGGCAGGCGUUCAAUAGCCAGUUCCUUCCUCACUCGGGGUCCAGAGGACCAGCUGUGCCACCGGGGAUGAAUCCUGCCAACAUGGGCGGUGUGAUGGGAGCUUCUGGGAUGCCUCCCAUGAGCAUGAACACGGCGAGGGCUCCAGCGAUGAGUGCAAUGUACGGUGGACAACGGAUGCCCCAGCAUGGAUACCCUGGCCCUCCGCAGGGUCAGCAGAUCCCCAGGCAAAGUGUCAAGAGGACCUACUCCAGUGAGGGGUAUCCAGGACAACAGUACAUGCAGGGAGGCCAGUACCCUGCCCAGGCUGGACAAUAUGCUGCUAACGCCCCUCAGCCAUCUGCUCCUUCCCCCUCCUACCCUGGACACAGGAUGCCCAUGCAGCAAGGAAUGAGCCAGUAUCUUUCUGCUUCUGGCACUGGUGGCCCAUAUUACAAGCCUACUGAUCAGUUCAAUGGUCAAAAUGCAAAUUUCAACGGGGGCAACUUCAAUAGCUAUGGACAGACUGCCAUGAAUGGGCCUGGAAGAUCUAUGCCUGGCUACCCGAGCUCUCCACUGCCUGGCAAUCCCACCCCUCCAAUGACACCUGGAAGUAACAUCCCUCCAUACAUGUCCCCUGGGCAGGAUGUGAAGCCGCCCUUCCUUCCCGACAUAAAACCAAACAUCAGCUCUUUGCAUCCCUCUCCCUCUGGUAACCCUUGCGACGAGCUGCGUUUGACGUUCCCCGUGCGGGAUGGCGUGGUGUUGGAACCCUUUCGCCUCCAGCACAACCUGGCUGUCAGCAACCAUGUCUUCCAGCUCAGGGACUCGGUGUACAAGACUCUGAUGCUCAGGCCUGACUUAGAGCUGCAGUUUAAGUGCUACCACCACGAGGACCGGCAAAUGAACACCAACUGGCCAGCCUCAGUCCAGGUCAGCGUGAAUGCCACGCCCUUGACCAUUGAGCGGGGAGACAACAAGACUUCACACAAACCUCUCUACCUAAAGCAGGUGUGCCAGCCUGGAAGAAACACCAUCCAGAUCACUGUCACUGCUUGCUGCUGUUCUCACCUGUUUGUCCUGCAGCUGGUGCACCGGCCUUCUGUGCGGUCUGUUUUGCAAGGCUUGAUAAAAAAGCGGCUGCUGCCAGCUGAGCACUGCAUCACCAAAAUAAAGCGAAACUUCAGCAGCGGCACAAUCCCCGGGACUCCAGGCCCAAAUGGCGAAGAUGGGGUGGAACAGACCGCCAUCAAGGUUUCUCUGAAGUGCCCCAUCACCUUUAGGAGGAUCCAGCUUCCUGCAAGGGGCCAUGAUUGCAGGCACAUACAGUGCUUUGACCUGGAGUCUUACCUGCAGCUCAACUGUGAAAGAGGGACGUGGAGAUGUCCUGUUUGCAAUAAAACAGCUUUGCUGGAGGGGCUUGAAGUGGAUCAGUACAUGCUGGGAAUUCUGAUCUAUAUUCAAAACUCCGAAUAUGAGGAGAUCACCAUUGACCCGACGUGCAGCUGGAAGCCGGUGCCCAUCAAACCGGACAUCCACAUCAAGGAGGAGCAGGACGGGCCCGUGCUGAAGCGCUGCCGCACCAUGAGCCCCACCCACAUGGUGAUGCCCAGCGUCAUGGAGAUGAUUGCUGCCCUGGGGCCCGGCCCGUCACCGUUUGUGCCCCUGCAGCCCCCGUCUGCCGGCAGCGGCAGCAGUGAAUACAGCAGCCAGAGUUCGAGCUUUUCUGGUCCUGGAACUUUCCCCGAUUCCUUCCCUACGGUGAAUCCUGGCACCCCAACAUUAAAUGAGUUCAACCCAGGACCUCCCACAAUCUCAUACCAGCCUGACCUCCCCAGCAAUCUGCUGACUCCGGAAAAGCCACCGGCUCCCUCCAUCGCUGGGCAGAUGCCUCUGCCCAACAGGAUGGAUCCUUCUUCACACAAUCCCGUGCAGCAGGGGCUGAACAACCCCAGCCUUGGUAGUCAGCCUGGGCAGCAGCAGCAGCAGCAGCAGCAGCAGCAGCAGCAACAGCAGCAGCAGCAGCAGCAGCAGCAGCAGCAGCAGCAGCAGCAGCAGCAGCUCCACCACCGGAACCCACCCACCCCACAGUCGAGGCAGCCAUUAGGACAGUCGGGCGCAGCAGGACAGGCACACGGAGGGGAACUUGCCUUCAAUCCUGGCCCGGGGAUGGGUGGGGCACCUGGAGCUGUGGACGGGCCCGAACCUUCCCUUGAUCUUCUUCCUGAGCUGACGAACCCAGAUGAGCUGCUCUCCUACUUGGGCCCCCCUGAUCUCCCCAAUAACAGCAAUGAUGACCUGCUUUCUUUGUUUGAGAACAACUGAAGCCACCCAUUAUGGAACACAGUCAACAAGCUCCACGCACCACAUACACACAUC